AGAGAGAGAGAAGGGACAUGUUAGAGGCUGGCAGGGCCGCGGAGCUGCUCGUCUAGACAGGGGGUAACGGGCACCCUUUCAGAGAUGGGCAACAGCGCCCAACGAGAAAGGACGCGGAUCUGAGCUGAGUAGCUACAAGCCGGACUUGGUGUAUUGCUCCUGGACGUCCAUAUGCAAGAGUUAUUUUAUGUUUGAAAUGUGGGAGAUGGUGGCGUUACCAAGAACGGGCUCUCCCUUCCUGUCGUCUAGGACAAGAUGGCAGCAAUGCAGGCGAACUGUGCAUGGGAUGGAUUUAUAAGUCCAUAACAUGCUCAGAGAAGCCCUGGAUUAUACUUAAAGUGACUCUAUGUGAAGGUAUGGCCUCACAAGUCUUGGUCUACCCACCACACAUUUAUCAAACCCAGACAAGUGCCUUUAGCAGUGUGAAGAAACUCAAAGUUGAGCCCAGCAGCUGUGUGUACCAUGAGAGGGCACAUCCACGGACUUUUCUGAACAGCAGAACCGUUGGCAUUGCACACGCGACCAAACAAGCCCAUUCGUUUGUGAACCGAGACUUAGCAGUGGGUCUGAGAGUACGUGGAGGACAGCAGUACCCGGUGCAGACGGUUGUGGUUCGUGGCGUACAAAGACAACAGCCUGGUAAAAGAAGAGGGGGACCAGGCCCACUUGCGGCCCAGCAGCAGCAACAGGAGGCGAGGGUCGUCGACUUACAGGGCAAGGAGCAGCAGCCUCAGGCGGUUGAAGAAAGUGGGAGCAGCGGUGGAGCAACAGGAGCAGGAGGAGGGGGAAGGGGAGAGGGCUGCAGUGGGGGAGUUGAGGAAGGAGGAGAGGGGGAGGAGGGUGACAGAGAGGAGAACUGUGAAAGUUUGAACUCAGCUGACAGCUCUCAACGAUGUGGGCUGAAACGUAAAAGUGAGGACCUGGAUAACCGAGGGAGCACCAUGCAGAUUGUGGAGGAACUGUCUAUGUUGCCUGCCAUGUUGCAAACGACGAAUGUGGGAAAUGCAGCUGUUACUGCGCCAACGGCUGUUGGGGCUGGGGGAGGCCCCUCCAAACAGGGUGUAGGGCAUGGGGGUGUAUGUGCAACUGGAGGGACAGGAGGAGGUGAUGGGGACUAUCAGGUAGUACAGCACGAAAUCCUGUGUUCCAUGAAGAAUACUUACGAAGUGCUAGAUUUCUUGGGUCGAGGCACAUUCGGCCAGGUAGUGAAGUGCUGGAAGAGGGGAACUGGGGAGGUUGUGGCUGUGAAGAUCCUGAAGAACCACCCUUCAUACGCAAGGCAGGGUCAGAUUGAAGUAGGGAUCCUUGCUCGCCUGAGUGGGGAGAACGCUGAUGAGCACAACCUGGUGCGGGCCUUUGAAUGCUUUCAGCACCGCAGCCACACUUGCCUCGUAUUUGAGAUGCUUGAGCAAAAUUUGUAUGAUUUCCUGAAGCAGAAUAAGUUCAGCCCGCUGCCUUUGAAGGUGAUAAGACCGGUGCUACAGCAGGUAGCUACAGCUCUGAAAAAAUUGAAGAGCAUGGGUCUGAUUCAUGCAGACUUAAAGCCAGAGAACAUAAUGCUGGUGGACCCAGUGAGGCAGCCCUAUCGGGUGAAGGUCAUAGACUUUGGCUCAGCAAGUCACGUGUCCAAAGCAGUGUGUUCGACGUACCUUCAGUCUCGGUACUAUAGGGCUCCAGAGAUCAUUUUGGGAUUGCCGUUUUGUGAAGCCAUAGACAUGUGGUCCCUAGGUUGUGUGAUUGCUGAGCUUUUUCUGGGCUGGCCUCUUUACCCCGGGGCCUUGGAGUACGACCAGAUUCGCUACAUCUCGCAGACACAAGGUUUGCCAGGCGAACAGUUGCUGAAUACAGGAACAAAGACAGCACGGUUCUUUUGCAAAGAGUCGGACUCGUCUUAUGCAGCAUGGAGACUGAAGUCAACAGAUGAACACGAGACGGAGACGGGAAUGAAAUCAAAGGAAGCGAGGAAGUACAUCUUCAGCUGUUUGGAUGACAUAGCGCACGUGAACUUGAUGAUGAAUCUGGAAGGUUGCGAUUCGUUAGCGGAGAAGGCUGACCGGCGGGAGUUUGUGGGUCUGCUCAAAAAGAUGUUGCUGAUCGAUGCAGAAGAGAGGAUCGCCCCUGCUGAAGCGCUCAUUCACCCAUUUGUGACGAUGCAACACCUGCUCGACUUCCCCCACAGCAACCAUGUGAAGUCUUGUUUCCACAUCAUGGACGUUUGUUGGACUCGUCCCACUGGGUAUGAGGCUGCCAACAGAAAUACAGGUCCUUUCGUUAGACCUGUAACUACAACCACUGCUGCCUCAGCCAACCUCCCCUUCAGCAAGAUCCCAGCUGUUCACACUCAAGGUUUAGUUCCGUCUGCGCCGUCAGUAAUGCACCAUGGGAUACCACUGCAGACUGGUGGUGGUCAGUUUGGAUGCAAUGAUUCGUUUCAGCAAGCUCUCAUUCUGUGUCCCCCGACAAUACCAGGUAUCCCCACUAAUACUGCUAAGCCAGCUGGCUACUCUGUCCGAAUGGAGGCCUCUGUACCUCUGGUCACUCAAGCACCGUCAAUCCAGCCAUUGCAGAUAAGACCUGGAGUCAUCACUCAGGCCUGGUCAAGCCGUGCCCAGCAGAUCUUGGUGCCCACUUGGCAGCAGGUUACGUCUGUCCCCCCACCAUCAACCACACUGGCUUCUGACACUGUGACUGGCACACAGAGAUUAAGUGACUGGGGGAAAGUGCGUCCCCAUGGUAACCAUUUCAGCUCCAUGAUUGCACACCCUCAGCCAUUCCUAACCAACCAAAUGACCAUGUCCACCCACCAGCCAGUCAACAUAGGCAUCGCACAUGUGGUGUGGCCACAGCCAGCGGCAAACAAGCGAGCAAAGCCUUGCGUGAACAGGGGCAGCAGCACCUCCCAAAACACAAACAUCCAAAAUGUGGCAUGCCAGUCCCCAAAGAUGGCCGACACAGCAAAGAAUGUGGAGGAAAUUGAGGAGGAGGGAGCCAGAUGUCAAGAAGAAGGGCGCGCCAUAGGAGAGGGGCGAGCGGAGGAUCAGGUCGAGGAGGACGAUGAGGAGAGCUGCUGCAAAGUGGAGCCGGACUGCGAGGAGCUCUCAGUUUCGCAGGAACAGCGGCAGGAAAUGUUGAUCUCUGGCAUUGCCAGCCCGACUGUUAGUGUCAUCAGUAUCAGCAGCGAUGAAGAGGAGGAUGCACAAAGACAUUCAAUGGGGGAGUGUAAGGGCAGUGCAGACUGUGAAGCGUGUCAGAGCACCAUCAGUAUGGAGAGAGUAUGUUCUCUUAGCAGUCCAGACAGCACGCUCAGCACCAGCUCUUCAGCUUCAACCCAGUCCAACAACUCCCCAUGCAAACAACCCAAUAGCAUGUCAGAUGACGAACAGGAGAGCGGUUGUGACACGGUGGAGAGCUCGCCUGCCUCGCACAACUCCGGCCACAGCAGCAGUCCCUUUACCGAGCGCCGCUACAUCGCCGACAGCAACCAGAACUGCGAGCCGCGUGUGGCGUGCGUUGCCCCUGAAACUGAGCCCAGCAAGCCUACAAUACGCACCGUUGUGGUGCCUCCAAUGCGGGUGCAGAACAAUAACAACAACUGUUCUAUCAGCGAAACACCUGGAAACACAGGUCACAUGGCCUGGGAUUAUGCUGUGUUAGUAGGCCACAGAGGUUCUCACAGAGUCCUCGUGCCACUCCAAAGGGCGAGGCAUUCCUGGGCGACAGCAUCACCACUCCACACCGCUCCUCAACAGGCCGCAGAAAAUCGGCCCCGUGUUCCAGCCCCAGCAACAGCAGCCUAUAGGCUUUGGGCAGGUCCAGCAUUUCACUUCAUGCCACCAAGAAUGGAACGGGAACUUUGCCAACCGGCGACCGCAGGCGUACAUCCCUCCCACCAUGCAUGGGCACACCUUCACACUUUCCCACAGCAGUCCAAACCACACAACAGGCGCCCACCCCCACCUUGGGGGCCACCCGCAUUCUCAGCCUACCCUGUUGUCGUACCCUCCGUCUGGCCCUCUGGUUACAGCGGCCCCCGUGGCCCACCUGCUGGCUUCCCCUGGCGCCUCCCGCCCCGUCCUCCAACCCACGUAUGGCAUAUCCCACCCGGCAGGCAUUGUGCACCAAGUGGCAGUGGGUAUCAACCCCCGGCUGCUCCCCUCCCCCACCUUGCAUCCACAGAGCCAGUUCAAGCCCCUCUUCCCCCCGCACUCUUACAUCGCCUCACCUGCUUAUGGCAGUUUCCCCCUCAGCCCCACCAAACUAAACCAGUACCCCUACAUCUGAGUGUGGCUCUGGUACCUUUCCUACCACCAGGGGGCUAAGCAGGGCAGCAUCCCAUCCUAAACCACAAACAACAUGGUUUUCAUUUCUAAUAAAAAAAAAACAAACCAUGGCACAACCACAGAGAAAACAAGCUAUUUUUGAAUCAUGUUGACUUGGUUGUAAUUGAACUUUUAAGCUUUAAAAAAAGAAGAAGAAGAAGAAAAAAAAGAGUUCCAACGGUGGAGAUGAUCUGGCAAAAAUUAAGAAGGAAAUAAUGUAUGAAUGAUUGAAUGAUAGAAUGAAUGAGUAGUUAAACUCACACUUAAUGUGUUUUGCACAUUUGAUAUAUCUUUGCAUUGGAUCUUCUACGAAUACUCCUCAAGACAGAUGAAAAAUUGGGGUGUUGUUGAAUAGUUAGAAACCCCCCGGUCCCAGCUAUUUUUCUACAUUGCCUUCUUAUGUGUGCAAGACACAUCCAUAUUUGUGAAGCCAUCCCAGUCUCUAGCUCUAGAUCGACAGAUGCACAUGUUGUCCACGGUGUAUGUUGUACUGCGUUUGAAGUAUUUGUACUUUCUCGGUGUCUUUUGAUGUUCACAAUGUCAAGUCAAUUAUCCGAUUUAAAUAGGGUUGUCCAUCACGCUGCAUGUGGUCUUGCAUGAGCAAAAAUGUAAACGGAAAGAUGCAUAGACGUUGCUCUUAUUGUUUGUGUCACAAGACUCGCUGCAUUGUAUAACUGUCUCCAGCCAUAGUGCCUUACAUAUUUGAGGUUGUUAAUGUUACUACUUAUAUAUGACUAUAUACAUGAAUAUUAAUGUACUGGACUGCAGCACUUGAAAUUCCAAUCAGUCGAUGCAUCCUAUGUGUGAGUAUAUAUAUGCACAUGUGUAUAUGUUCCAUGCAUAGCCUGCAUGGAUGUGAUGUAUCGCGGACAGCGGUGCUUAUUUUUCGGAGUCUUUGUAUAUUUCAGUGUGUAGUGAGUUCCUUUUCUGUUCUUUCAAGAAGAACGGCAUGCUUUGCUGUUGCGAAUGCCUGCUGUUUUCUUAAACACGUUUGAUUUUUUUGAUUUUUUUUUUUCCUCUCUGUUUCCGAAUGAACUAGUGUACAAAGUGCAAGUACUGGAUAUUGCUUAACAUUUGAUAAUCACUUUCUAUUUAGUGAAACUCUUACUACUAACAGUAUUUGUACUGUUUAAAAACGGCAAUACAAUCUAAAUAGUCGUCGGUUAUAUAUUUCUUUGCUUCUUUUUGUCUUUCUAAUUUUAUUUGGAGUGUUUUCACUUUGUUUUUAGAUGUUUAGAAGUGUGACGGGCAUGGCUUUGAUUAGGUAAGAUAUAUUAAAAAAAAAAUGCAAAUUCGUUUUACGGUAUGGAAUAUUCUUAGCCUGAGCAAACCAUGCAGUAUUUGAUAUACACACAUAUAUGACAUAUAUUAUAGAGCUAGAAUAUUUAGUACAGAUGCUUGUUAAGGUGUGAGGUAAUUGUGUGCAAUUCUCUCGUUUAUGCAUGUGUGACAAAGUUAACUUUUCCCCUUUACAUUGAUACCAUUUGUUAAAGGCUUAAUGCUUAUCAGUGUGUCAACUACUUAUUUUAUACAUUCCGUCAGGGAGAAAGUAUAUAUAUAUAUAUAUAUAUAUAUAUAUAUAUAUAUAUGCUGUGUUUUUAUUUUCUUUAUUCAUUUAGAGUGGUCCUCAAAAAAUGCACACACCCCUGUUCAAAUGGCAGAUUUUAUGAUGUGCAAAAAUAAGUGUAUAAUGAAUUAUGAUGAAUAACUGUAACCUAAACGUGUAUCAUCUUUAAAAUGACAUUGUGGAAAAAAUGUGAAAGCUAAAAACCCUCCUGUAACCGGAUUGCAUAUCUCUAAUUGAUUCACUUUGUUGAAGCACCUUGGCCGUCAUUUUCAGUCUUCCUAAGUUUACUCAACUGAGUUGGACAAACCAGAAAUGAAAUUCAGCUGCCUUGUAGGAUUUUACCUUUGUUUGGUCAUUUACAUCCAUUAGGUGAAGCCCUACUUUGCAGAGACGUGGGGGGGUUAUAUGAAGAUGGAUGGGGACUAGAGAUGUUUUCAUAAUCUGACAGGUUUAGCUUGCUAUCGUGGGCAUAGAUUAGUGUAGGCAUAACAUACGGAUGGACUAAGGGAGACUGACAUUGAACCCAAAGAUGUUUCCACAACGUAUUUUUUUAAGGGUGUGGAUAUUUUGGCAGGCAGGUUGUCUUUUAGUUAAAUUUUACUCAACCCAGACCUUUUAACAUGGGUGUGUUCUCUUUUGGGAGCCAAUGUUUUAAUUUGUUGUGUGUAUUUUUUUUCUUCCCCUUUACUUUUCUGUCUUUUGUUUUUCAAAUGACGUUGCUUGUGCAGCACCAAAGACUGUAAUUCAUAUAUUGAGCAAGGUAGCUAUUCUGUUUGCAUAGACCUCAGUUAUACUGUAGUUGUAGAAUGAGGUUUUGAUCAAAGAAAAAAAAAAAAAAGUUAUAUUUAAAAAAAAAAAAACAAACGAAAAAAACAGCUGAUGUUUUGUCUAGCUUAUAGGGCAAUUAACAAGUCGUAUCAUUUCUUUCUUGAAUGUAUCAUAGAUAAGCUGCUAUAUGAUGAUUGCCACUUCAAUAGCUGUGAAAUUAGGUGAUUUCUCUCUUGAGUUUAAACCUAGCGUUUUGUAUAGGUCCCUAAUUAUCUGAAAUAGAAGUGGUUUUGAUUUCUGUGUUUGCAUUCAUUUUCGGAGUGUCACUGUAACUACUGUAUUUGCUGAUGAUGAACAUUAGUUGGAUUUGUUGUUCCUCGGGGUGCGUGUUUUUUCAGCAUCAGUAUUUUAUCCUUAUUAACCUCUCGGGCUCGUCACUGCAUAUAAAUGAUGUAUCGCUGUAACUUAAGUUUUCUAUGUUUUCAUAUCGGUGUUUUGUACACAUCUGAAGCUGUAGCUUGCAGGAUUGAUUUAACUUUCUCAUUGCACGAACACCGUGUAUUACCAGUACUCUUUUUCUGAGUUAUGGGAGCACUGUGAGAUGCCAGAAAACAAACAACACCAAAAACAAAAAAAAAACUAUGAAUCCAGUGUGCCCCUUUCACACUUGUCGCGAAGCACUUACAGCUAGUGAGGCUUGGAAAUGUUUGAUUAAAGUAAGAAACGUAAAUUUACCCCCAAUGCUUUUGCUCCAAAACAGUUUUCACAACUUGUUUUAUUUCAAAAGGAUUACAAGUAUUUAUUGCAACCUUUUUGUAUCUGUUCAAUGUUCUAUCUGCUCAGAGUAUCAGUUGGAUAUUCUAACCUGCCUUGCGUUUAGAUCGCUCUCCCCUUUAUGAGUGACUCAUAUCAAAGUGUUUUUGUCAGUGCGAGGCGGUGGCCGUUGUUAUGUGUCCUUUACUGAAACUGCGACAGUGUAAGCAGCACUGUGUAUGUGCCUUGAGAUCCAGAAAAGCGAACGAACGAAGAAGGCAGAGAAUCCAACUCCACGAUCAUGUAGAAAGUCUCUCUUAGCGGCCACUUUACCAAAGAGAGAGGGGAAACAAAUUCAAAAGUAGGACGUUGUCAUAGAGUCAUGCCAGAGAAUUUGAUCCGCUCCUCUCUCAGAUAGUCCACAAUAAAGCCUCUGUGUGACAACAGGCUGAUAAAAUAACCCACAGUUAGACUUUGAAUGAUAUGAUGCAUGGUUAUAUUCAGAUAGUCACUCUGGCUGAACAGCAGAUGCAAUACUUUCCAUUGUGCGGUCGUUGCACCACAAAGUGUUCUUAGAGAAUCUCCACGCUUUACGUUACCUUGCAUGAACACAUGCACACUUCGCUUCACUUUUGUCUUCUGUCAUGCAGAUCGAGGCUAAGUUGGAGCAACUAGAGCACAGCUGACAACACUGGUCUUUUAAAAUCAAAGAAGCUAAAGUUUUUUUGUUUGUUUUCUUUUUUUUUUUUUGUCUGCUUGUUGAUUUCGUGCUUCGGGUGGAAACUGCUCUCUACAUUCAAACAACGACCAUAAUGCAUCUUUGUGUUUUUAGAGAUUUUUUUUGUUUUGUUUUCGUAGCCAUUUGUUUUACUGAUCGCAUUCAAAUGUCACUUUGGGAAAGAAAUCUUGUGAUGAUGAGGCAUGAACUAGAUACAUUAGUGCUUGAGAUAGGUUCCCAAUAAUAAGCAUGUGAAAUGUAAUCUGUGUUUUGACUCCCUCAAAGCUUAUUCACCAGCAACGCGCCUGCAUCAACUCUCCCGUAUUUGUCACACAAAACAAUGGAUGCAAGAGGAGAUAAAAUCUUUACACUCUUUUCCAUUUUUUUUUAAAAUUGAUUGAAAUCUUUUUUCAUGGAUUUUGAAGGCUUGUGGUCACGUUUAGCAGAUUAAACAGCUGUCUGUAAAAUGUCCAGUUGUUGAAAUUACUGAUUUUGGUAAUGACAUUAUUGUCCUUUAGAACUUUUACUUCAGGGUCUCUUACUGAUCUAAAUGUGCAACUAUGUAACUCUUUGAUUUGAUUGAACAAGGAUUGUUUUUCUCAAGUUCUUCUUUUCAGUCUUCUGGUCAUCUCUCUCAAUUUCAGAGUUAAUUCACACUGCAAGUUAUGGAAUCACCUGUUUAGAUUGCUCUUCAAUUAGACUUUAUUAUGAAAUCUGAACUGUUACUGUUUUAAUACCUGUAGAUUUUUUGUGGCUUUGUUUUUAUGUUUUGUUUGCUUUUUCUCUUUUAUUUUUUGAUUUUGUGCUACACUAGUUUGCCAUGUAGCAAUUGCACUGUGCAAUAUUUACAGUAUGAGGACUGGGAAAACUAACUCUAUGGAUGUGAUGUCUCUUAUACAGUUUGCGAUAGUGUUUCCUCUCUAGUUCUCAGUGAUUUAGGUGUGACCAAGCCUUCUCUACUUUGUCACAUUAAGCGGGUUUUCCAGGUGACUCUUUUGGUGAGUGUCAAAAUAAGACUUUAUGGUGUAUUAUUGUUAAAAUUCACUUUGAAUUAAAAAAUCUAUUGAUGCA